CCCUAGCUCCAUCACCCACCACCUCUCUGUCCCUGGACAGCCGGCCUCAGCUCUUUCCUUGACGUCAUGUCUGUAGAAAGAGCUUUUCAGCAGGCGCAGAGGAGGGAGGAGAGCGUGUGCUCAACUUUGGGCUCAAGUCAGCCGCCGGCUUCGUUGCUGUGCGCCCGGCUCUCUGCGCGCUGCCGCCACCGCCGCCGCCGCCACCGCAGCCGCAGCUGCCACAUCUGGAAGCGUUCAGCGCGUCUGCCUGCCUCCACAGCGCCCGGCGAGCGGAGGGGAGGGAGAGGCGAGGAGCUGGGAGGGAGUGAGGCGCUCUCUCCCGGUGUCUCCCUCUCUCUGCCUCUGCAGAAACAGCUCCUUGCCAGUAGACCACUCUCAGCAUGCCUCGAAGCGGUGGCGGAGGCGGCAGCAUCAGCACCCGCUGCUUAUAGUCUCUUCUUGCCCUCCUCGAUAUUAGGAGUUGGUGGAUCUUUUUAAGAGGAAAAAGAGGAAGGGGGUUGGGAGAAGACGGGGGAAAAAAGAGGAGGAGAGAGAGAGACAUUUUAACCCUUUAUUGGCCUUGGAGUAUCCUCCCCCCACCUUAUUUUUGGGGGGGAGGGGGCACAGUUUCUUCCCCUUCCCUCCCUUUCCCUUUCCCUUUCCCUCCCUCCUCCCCUUUUCCACCUCUUCUUGAUCUCUCUUCCUCUCUGUUUUUUCAAAUGGUGUAGCGGCCAGAGGUGCUGUGCUAAAUUCUUGGAUGGGGCCCGGAUGUACCGAGGAUGCAUUACAAUUUCACUAAAGGAGGCAGUAGUGGAGAGAAUCAGUUUUUGGCAUUUGUUGCAAUAAUGGGAAUCAGGUAAUCAUCGGAAGGGGGAAAUACUGCAGCUCCACGGCUUCCUUGGAUUUUGCACGAAAGACGACCUCGAUCUCCGAAGUGGGAUUAAAUCAGAGCUGUUUUGUGGAGGUUUUCCCCCCCAAUCCAUCCCAUUUUUGGUUUCUUUUUUCUCCCGUUUUGGUAAAUGGUCAAUGAAAACAAGAGGAUGUACAUUCCGGAAGAAAAUCACCAAGGUUCCAACUAUGGGAGCCCUCGUUCAGCUCACGCCAACAUGAAUGCCAAUGCUGCGGCAGGGCUUGCUCCUGAGCACAUCCCCACACCAGGAGCAGCGCUCUCAUGGCAAGCGGCUAUCGAUGCUGCCCGGCAAGCCAAGCUGAUGGGCAGUGCUGGCAAUGCUACCAUCUCCACCGCCAGCUCUACUCAGAGGAAACGGCAGCAAUAUGGGAAGCAGAAGAAGCAAGGGAGCACAACAACCACUCGUCCACCCCGUGCAUUGCUGUGCCUGACCCUGAAAAACCCCAUCCGGAGAGCAUGCAUAAGCAUUGUUGAAUGGAAACCAUUUGAAAUCAUUAUUUUACUGACUAUUUUUGCCAAUUGUGUGGCCUUAGCGAUCUAUAUCCCCUUUCCAGAAGAUGAUUCCAACGCCACUAAUUCCAACCUGGUAAGUCCUAGUAUAUUUUGUUUUUCUUACCCAGAGUCUGGAGGUGGUCUCCAAUCCUAUGGAGAGAAUGUUGUAAAUACAAGAGAAAUAUGAUAUGUUUUUGGCAUAUACAAAAGCUCUGUGGAGCUCAGAUCCACAGUUCUGUUUUGCUCUUUAUUCAAAUUAACACCUGUCUGAUCAGAGCUCAUUUUAGGAAAGAAUAUUCCAAUUAGAUGUUAGUGAACUCUGAGUAUGAUGUGUUUUGAACAGCAGAUUUCUGUGAGUGUCCUGAAAUGUGCUAUGUAAGUUAAAAGUGCAGGUGUUUGCAGGAGAAAUCUUUUAUUUGUGUCUUAUUUGUGUCAUUCAUUGUUAAAGGGGUUCAGGUCUCUCAGGUGAUCUAUGGCGUCAUUGCUUAAUUGAGCUAGGAAGGCUUCUUUGGAAGUUUGCUCAUGGACAUUGUUUGCUCAUUGUCCUUUAGUUAGAAAAUGUUCCUUUUCUUGUGAAAGGCAGCCUUCCCUUUUGAGUUUCUGAGGAAGCCAAGGCUCGCAAUUUAGGGCUAGAGCUCUUUGUGGAAAAAUAAGCGUGCUUACUUUUGGCUUGCUGUGAAGUCAUAACAAAGACUCUCCUCAAUCUGGGCAUGUUAUAGGACAAAGUUUUAGAGUGAAUUCUGAAAAUCUUCUGCGUCUCUCCCAUAGGCCCAGUGUGGGGAAAAAUCAAUGGCCUUGCCCAACCCCCUAAGCCUUGAGAUGUAGAUAACUGUUGUUUUAAAAGUGAUAUGGGGAAGGAAAGUGUUUUUUCAGCAAAAUUAUCUCCUUUCCCUGAUAUUCUUAGCACCUUACUCUACUCAGUGAGAUAGGACAUUCUGAUGAAAUUGUUGAAAAAUGAAAAGCAGAACUUCAGAAUGGUCCUUUACAGUGUUGCCAACAGACGUUAUCAUUAUUGUGGCCAUUUAUUGCUCCUUUGUUUUUUCUUUCUCUUAAAAAAUCUAUGACAUUUCCUGUUGUCACUGAAAUGAGCAAGUUUGAUGCCUAUUUAAGCCAUUUCCCUAUUUUGAUAAAUGAAUUACUGAUCCAUUUGGGACAAAGUAUUUGGUGCCUGCCUACUGGGAUUUCGACUUUUGCCUCUUGAGUCUUAGAAUGGGGAUGAAUGUCCCAGGAAGAGGUUCCAGAGCUGACUUUGUGAAUGCUUGAAUACAGAGUGAUGACAAAGCCAGAAUACAGAUGAAUAACAUUAACCACAGUUCACACUAUCUUCCUGACGUGUGACCUCACUCCUUAACAGGCAAGACAUCUUUUCCAUGUCAAAAUAAAUACAAGCAAGAGUUAUCUUGCAAAUGGUAUCUGAAAAAGGCAUUGUCGGAACUCUUACUGGUUAUCUCUUACUUGUUAUCUUUCUUUUUCUGCAUGGGUGAGGGAUUCCUACUGGAUUCUCACAAUUUCUGUUACUUAUUCUAUAAUUUCCUUUUUUUAAGUGCCCUAGUUACAAUUGAGACUGAUUUUAUCCCCUUCAUCCUGAAAAAAAAAUGGUUUGAGCAAAGGCUGUUUUGAAGUUAGGAGGACUGAAGCUUUAUCUUAGGCCCAUGGGAAGUGUCAGCUACUUGCCUCUCAGGAAAGAGGAGGAAGGUUAAUCAGCGAUCACAAGAGAAGUCACAUUGUCUUUUAAGGAAAGAGGGAAGAACAAGGGUAACUCAAAGAUGAUUAGAAGGGAAGAGGGAGAGAAAAUUUCAUAGAGCUUUCUAAGAUUCCAAGUACAAAUAAUGAUAGGGUCCAGGAUGACAGACUCCUGCUUUUGGGUAUAUUGCAUCAACUGAUUUUAAGCAGGGAUAAUAUAAUCUGUACAGUAGGCUGCUCAGCAACAGGCCUUUCUGGCCAUAUGCUUGACUGCUCUUUUAAAAACUAGGGUGAGAUAACACAGCGGGACAAGAACUGGAAGAAAUGAACAGAAAUUCAGUUUCCCAUUUACUGUCAUGACAUACCUGUGUAUUUUAGGCAGGCUUGAGGGUGAGAAUUGGGAGAAAGGCAGUGGAUUUGGGGAAAAGAGUGGUUGCCAUGACAACUCCUAUCGCCCUGGAUUUCCCCACCAAAGCUCACCUUUUUCAAACCAGUCAUUAUCUGGGAUGUGACAUGACUCUUCUACUUUAAAUAGUGUUCUAGGAAGACAACAACUGCCAUUUUCCCAAUAACUGACACAUCUUUAAGGGGUCCUUUCUAUCACAUCAUUCAGAUGAGUUCUGUGAAGAGCUUUCUUCCUCAUGACACCAUUUGCCAUCCACAGCCCUUUUCCCAAUCCCCAGAUUAUAUUGCUCCUUUACUAAGAUUUAAUGUUAAAAUUCGGAUUGUACUGUUACUUCACUCAGGCAUCUGAAUUGGACAUCUGUGGAGAUGCUGGGGAUGAGAGAGGUUGUGUGGGAGAGAUGGAAACAGAGCUGAGCUUCAAAACUCAGCCAGCUUCUGCCUGUGUGAGUUGAGAGUUCACUAUGAUUAUAGCACAGGGGAUUAUGAAAGAUAAAGACCCCAACAUCAAUAUACAAUAUAACAACACCAAUAAACAAUAUAAAGGAGGAAUGAAAGACAAACUAAUAUAUAAAGUAGCAACAGUGGACAAGGAAGUAAAUAAGUAUAUACUUGUGCUCACAGGUACUUAGCUAGUUGGAGGGGUUUAAAAAAAUGUCUGACUUUAUAAUUUAUAAUCUGAAAGUAGAUUUAUGAACAUUUGUGAAGCAAAGUUGCCAGUGAGUUUCAAAGGAUGUCAGAGAAAAAAAUCCCAAUCAUAUAUAUUCCUUCCCCUUUCAAUGAAGGGAAAUGGAAUCCUGUAGCAUUGGUGUAUCUCCUUAGAAGGCUGGUAAGAGGGCAGAGCCUCUGGCACCUGGGUAAUUGUGCUGCUGUUUUCUAAAUACAAUCCUUCUCAAGCAUCUCUUAUAGAGUAUCAGGGAACAAUCAGUGGAGCUUAAGAAUAGUCCAGGAGUGGGUGCAGAAGGAAAAUGUUCUCUUUUGUACUUUAGGAGAACACAUUUUUUAAAGGAGAUAUUGAUGUAUGUUUGUGGUACCUCUUUUUUCAUUGUAUACAGCGACCAAGAUAAUUUUUUGAGGUGAUUCUCAGUAUUGAACACUGUGCUUGGCACAUAAUAGGUGCUUAAUAAGUGGUUGUUGAUUGAUUAGAAAAUAAAUGUGCAUAUGUUUAUUUGAAAUCUUGAUGAAUAUAUCCUAGGAACCCCUUCCUCUAAUGUCAGUGUGUUUGAAAAAUUAUCUUAAUACAUAUACUUGUCUAAUAACACUGUUGUGUGUGUGUGUGUGUCUGUGUGUCUGUGUGUAGAACAUAUAGAGGUUUUAUUCUUUAGAACUUUGUCCUGGAAAACAGAAGGAAGAUAUAUAUUUUUUUAAAAAAUGGAAGAAUGGCCCACCUAAACAACUCAUACUCCUGUAUGACGCCUACUACAAUUUAUCUUUUGCUUCUUAGCACAAUCUACAUGUAUCUACCAAUAGUACAGUUGUGCAGAAACAGGGAUGAGAUAUUUCUCAGUGCUAUGCAGACUUCACCCACUCAAUUGGGUUCAAGGAUAAUAUUUCAUUUAGUAAAUUAAAUACACACACAUUCACUUAAGAGUCAGAAAAAGUUUUUUUCACAUGAAUUUGUAAAUUCACAUCCAUUCUCACAAAUUCACAUCUGUAUAUGAGCUUCCUCUUGUGAACUUUUUUGGUCAAUUCCCACCCACUCUCACAAAAAUUCUUUCUUUUUCUUCCAAACAAUCCCCAUUGUUUUUUCAAGCAGCUUGCCUCUUUAAUUUUUAUUCCAAGAGAUUAAAAAAUUCCUAAUAGAUUGCUUUCCUUCUAAUCCUUUCACACAAAUAGGGUUUUCACUUUUGCAACCAAAGUGAUUAUCUGACAUGUUUUCCAAAUAUUCAUGUGCUUACUUUUAUCACCAGGUUUGAAUUUUUAUAAAAUAAUAAUUAUAAAAGUAAAAUGCAGUUUAUUAUUAUAUAUUUCAUCUGAAUGUAGUAUCAACACUCUACAAAAAUAUUAUGUGUCUUGGGUUUGAUCCAGAAUUGGACAAACCUAAGAAAUUCUUCUAUAGAGAUAUAAGAACAAUAUUUCCUUACGUAUUUUUCCUCCUUAACAGAUUGGCUGAAGUAAGUGAGGUAUUGAAUGACCAAAAUCCCAAUAAUUCAGAAUCAGGGAGAAUGAUUUGUCUGCACUAUUCAUCAAAACACUUAUAAUACUUCUGCUGACUACUUCCUACCCAACAGCAGGUGUUCUACAGUAGGUAUAUUAUAACAGGUUGUAUAAGACCUAUUGAUUAUAUAACCUCUGCUAGCAAGGGAAAAUUGUGCAACCUGCAUUAUAUUCCCAGCCUUCGUCAAACUAAUGAAGCCCACACAGAUUUGGCUUGAGUUUAAUUAUGAAGAAAGUAUAUUUGGCAUACGACCUCAUGCAAAGCACAACACUGUGUACUUUUUUGAGCAAAAGCCAGUAUUGAGAAAAGGGGAGAAAACUAGGCCAGAAAAGUCUUUUGGGGCUUGAUUUCUCUGUACCACUACAGGAGUGAGCAUGGGGGAUAGAUGAGGGGUUGGAGAAAGCUACUUCACUGGGAAGCUGAGAUUUGAUCUAGGUCUUUAAGAAAGAACAAAACUUAGAUAUGAAUAUUUUUAUUAGAUUUGCUUAUUGCUCUACUAAAAUGUAAGCUACAUGAAGUCUCUAAACUUAUAACUUUCUCAUUUCUCCUUGUCUGGUCUAGAGAGUAGAGCAGUACCAGUGGCAUAAGUGGCUAAUGUCUGGAGAAACCUCAAAUAAGAGUGCCUGGUGAGGAAAGGAAUUGGGGUUCUUGAAGUUGGAAACUUAUAUUUUCUUGAUUAUUAAAACUUGAGGGGAAAAUGUGGCUAUGCACAAUCUUAUCCUCUUGUUUAGAGUUGGAGGGGACCUUAUAUCUCAUUUAGUUCUACCACCUUAUUUUAUGAAUGAGGGGAUGGAGGUCCAGAGGAGAAAAAGGUUAAGGUGCAAUCUGAUGUAUCUGGAUAUAGAAAGGAUUACAAUCUCAGUACCUCGGUGAAAAGAGGAGUUAAUAGAUUCAUCUAUGAGGUAGAAGGGGUCAUAUAUUUGGAGAGGAAAGAGGUAGAUAAGGGAAAAUGGGCAAAGUUAAAGUAUUUCAAAACACAUCUAAGAAGAAUCUGAAGCUGGUUUUGAACUCAGAUUUUUAUGAUACCAGAUCCAGUUCUUUCCCCUUCUUAUCAGCUGCCUCUAUUCUAGGAAAAAGGCCUUCAGGGAUUCUAUUCUCAGCCUCUGCCUUUUCUGCUUCUCCUCUGUGUCUCUCUUGCUUCAUCCCUUCUAGAUCAGAAGAUGCUUCUUAUCAUGAUCAUACCUUGGCUCAUGUACCUGAAGCACAAAAGUCACACCUGGGUUGCUUAAGCAGACUAAAAGAAAGACUGUUGAAUUGUGGCCCAGUGUUCAGGACAAAGAAUCAGAGACUUACAGCCUAUUAAGUGUUGGAAGGGACUGUUGUUAUUCAUCCUUGAUUCUUGAAGAAAUCCACAGACAUCCUGAAGGUGAUGUCUUGAUUUAUGAGUGAAUUAGGUUUAAGUGAGGCAGAGCUGUGCAAAGUUAUCAGCAUCACUCUCUCCUCAAGAAUUAUCUGCUUCCAGUGGCAAGUCAAGUGUCAAGAUAACUAGUGAUGGCUCCUGGAAUUAACUUUUCAUUCUCCAGAUAAGAAAACUAAGACAAUGGAAUUUAAAUUGACUCAUUCAAGAUCAUGCAGCCACCUGAUGAGAGAAUUCAUGUAUCUGUACUCAUGGUGCAUCAAGGUGACUUGGUGGAUAGAGUGGUGGACCUGAAGUCAGUAAGUACUGAGUUCAAAUGUGGCCCCAAACACCUAGUAUCUUUGUUUGCCUUCUGCACUGGAGAAGGAAAUGGAAAAUCACUCCAGUAUCUUUGCCAAGAAAAGUCCAUGGACAGUAUUGGUGUGAUUUGGUCCAUAUGGUCUUAAAGAGUUGGGAACAACUGAACACAACAAUCUGGACUCAUAAAGAGAAUUAUUAUCUCUGAGCUAGACUUUAAACUUUUUAUUGGUGUUUAAAAUAUUUUCUAUGUUCUCCUUAAUGUUCAUUCUAAUUUCAUUUUAUAAGCUGAUGUGUUAGAGUGAGGGUUAUGGUUACCUGUUUGAUUAUUAGUGAGUCAGCUAACAGUUGGCUCCCUGGGUAGAGUACUGGACUUGGAGUCUAGAAGGCUUGAAUUCAAAUGCCAUCUCAGACACUUACUAGAAGU